UCGAACAGGAAAUCGAGGAUAAGGAAUUAGGGUUAGGGUUUUGCUUCGAAGCUUCACCAUUUGCGAGCCCUAGUGUUCGACACCUCCUCCUCCUCCUGCAAUGGCGGCCUCCGAGAAGGAGGCGGCGCUUGCCGCUGUUCCAACUGAUUCUCCCACUAUAUUCGACAAGAUUAUAAAGAAAGAAAUUCCCUCCACUGUGGUUUAUGAGGAUGACAAGGUUCUUGCAUUUCGAGAUAUAAAUCCCCAAGCUCCAACUCAUAUUUUAAUCAUUCCCAAAGUCAAGGAUGGUUUAACUGGGCUGGCAAAGGCAGAGGAGAGGCACAUCGAGAUACUUGGCUACCUCCUUUACAUCGCCAAAGUAGUAGCGAAGCAGGAAGGACUCGGAGACGGCUUUAGGAUUGUCAUCAACGACGGCCCCAACGGAUGUCAAUCUGUAUACCAUCUUCACCUCCAUCUUCUCGGAGGGCGGCAGAUGAACUGGCCGCCCGGCUAAUGAGCUGCAUUUGCCUUUGCAUGAUGGUUAAACUCUUCCAAUGCAUUUAUGUUCUCUAAUAAACCAUGGCAAAGCUUGUGGCUACUUUGCAUAUGGGGUAUUUUCUUCCAUUAAAAUGUAGGGAGAACAUCUGUGACACACAAAUUGAAACCAUUAUACAUUUUUGUUAAUGCUUGAUUUUUAGUGAUUUAUGUGGUAUUGAAACA